AUGUCCCCCACUCCGCAAAUUGAGUUACCUCAACAGCAAAUUCUGCCUUUUUCACUGGGUAACCGUCUGUUUGACGAUGGCCAGGAUUCGAAUAACACCAAUAGCCCGACCUUCGUUUGUGAUGACCAGCCCUCGUGGCUGUCCCGACUUUUUUUCAUGUUGAACGAAAAGCUAGUGGUCAAUUUCACUCCGGUCUUCUUUGCUUCAGUAAUGGGCACAGGAAUCUGCUCCAACAUCUUGUACAAUUUCCCAUUUCCAGCCAAAUGGCUACAAGUUUGUGGUAUCAUCUUCAGCGUCGUGUGCUUGGUGCUUUUUUUGUCAUUGACGGCGCUCAUGAUAUUUGCGCUCUUUAAAGAUUCUCACCUAUGGUACCGCAUCCAUAGAGAUCCAGUGCAUGCUCCUGCAAUGGGAUGUUUUGUCAUGGGAUUCAUUACCUUGGUGAAUAUGCUCCAUUCGUUGACCGAGAAAUCCUGGAUUUACGCUGUGUGGGUACUUUGGUGGGUGGCUGUGUUUGGCUCAGUGUACACAGCAUUCUUAACAUUCUUCUUCUCAGUGGUGGGAAAGCAUAGGAAGAGAGAAAAUGUCUUAAAGACCUCCAACAUUAGCUUGGCUUUCUUGUUGCCUGUGGUAACGCUCACGGUGUGUGCAGCAUUAGGUGGCUCCAUUUGUCCUGACUUGCCUAAGCUCAACAUGAAGAUCACCACCAUGGUCUUAUCGUUUGUCAUGUGGGCUAUUGCAGUGAUUCUUGCCUUCAUUGUUGUGCUGGUCAAUUUCUGGAGAAUGUUUGUUCACAAGAUUCCUGCCACGGGUCAGGUGUUCACCAUGUUCUUGCCCAUCGGAUUCCUAGGUCAAGGUGCUUAUGCCAUCUUGCUCUUUGGUCGCAACUGCGUGGAGAUCAUUAUGGAGAAUAGCAACAACGUUGCAAGCUCGUCCUAUACUUCAUUUUUGCAUGAAGCUGCGAACUCACAUAAUCAGGACUUGUCGAACUUGCCAGUGAUUCUCUCCACGGCACUUUUGGCGACCUCCACCAUGUUUGCAGCCUCACUCAUGGCAUUUGGAUAUUUCUUUACGUUUUUGGCUUUUGCUUCGGUGUUAUCGAAAAUGCAACCAUUCGCCAGGAAACCUAAUACUCAGCAUAUUUAUGACGGAACAGAGGGAAAUAUUGUACAGCGUCUCUUUUCUGGAUUCCUUCGCUUCAACCGUGGCUUCUGGUCCAUGACUUUCCCUUUGGGCACUAUGUCGUUGUGCAAUGGCGAGAUGUACAAUUUGUACAAAGGAAUGGAGGCCUUCAGAUACAUCAGCACAAUCUAUGCAUGUAUUCUCAUUAGCAUCACUUUGGGUUGUCUUUGUGGCGUGGCUUAUAACUUCGUGAAGAUGGUGAUUACGUCGAUGCGUCCAGCUACGUCGAAGGAAAUGGUUUAA